GGGAUGGAGCCUAACCAUCCCUAAGUUGCUUCCCGCCGUUUCUCCUCCUAUCUGUUUUGCGCAUAUUCUUCCUCCUUUUCUUAAUAUAUUCUUAUUCGACACGCGCCAAUAAUAAUUAUGGUUCUCUCUAUAAUCCGCACCUGGUUCUAUGAUAUCGUGUGGCCUUCCGCAACUCAGGAGUCGGACCAGUCAACGAAUAUUCGCAAAAUACGGCUCGAGGAAACACCGCCCCUUGAAACAAUCAAAGCAAAAGCUGGAUCAUCAUCACCCCAUGCUCAACCGUCUCCAUUUUCUCAUGAUCCUUAUCUUGGUCUCCCAGUAAUUGGGAAUGGGAUGACUGGGGUUGUUCUUCAGAUGGGGGAAAACCGUGCAGUUAAGAAAGUCAAGCAAUAUCAACCUGGGGACCUCCCAGACCGCGAGGACGUGGAAUACAUGAACAACAUCAACCAGCAAACUCUAGAGAAUGAGAUCCAGGUCUUUGAACGCCUGGGCAGCCAUACAGGGAUUAUUCCAUACUUCCAAACAUCCACGUAUGGGAUUGAGCUAGCUCUUGCGCAGGGAAAUCUAGAGUCUUAUCUAGAAACUUGUCCCGAGCGCGAGGACGCCCUGAAGAUCCGCUGGAUGUCAAGUCUCAUUGACACUCUUGCACAUGUCCACUCUCGCAAAGUAUUUGUGGAUGAUAUCGCCCUUCGCAAUAUCUUAAUUCUAGAUGAGCAGCUUAAACUUGCAGAUUUCGGACAGUCCAUUUUAUUACCACUUGAUAUCGAUAUUACUUCGGUAGAUGAGAAUGAAUUGAAUGUUCAGAUUGAGAUCCUUCAUCUUGGUUGGGUUCUCUACUCCAUUGCAUCCUGGCGGGUCCAUAAAUACUAUUUCUUCAGCCCGGAAAACCCCGAGCUCUGUUGGCCUGAACCAGAUUCAUUUCCAACUGUUGAUGAUGUUCUAUGUGGCAAAAUAAUCCAGAAAUGCUGGAGGGGCAAAUAUGCGAGUAUGGAACAUGUAAAAGAAGAGGUUCACCAAGUGCUCAUUAGCCAAUAAGUUAUCCCGGUGACGAUUCUCUUGCCUAGCUCGCUAGGAAAAUUUCGAUCCACUAUUGCGUUCGCGUAUGCCGAAGAUGCUCCUUCUCUUGUGUUUCUUUCUUUCUUAUUUUUUUUGUUCUGAGAAGCAUUUGUCAUUCAUUCAUCAGCUCCCGUGGUGGCAACGGGAUAUUGUUGAUUCCAAUCCAAAUGGGCUGCCGAAAGCUAGGGUUUCUUUCUGAUACGGCUGUGGGUCCACGUAAUUAUUGAACUUUGUACCUAAUUAUUAGAGAUUGUCCAUAGGGUUGACGUUGGAUAUCGACCGACCAACUUUAG